AUGCCACCACUUCUUACAAUGAAAAAAGCAGCUCUAUGUUUAAUAAUUCUAACAUGGAAUGUUCACAGCGAAGACAUCAAUGAGCCAACAUGGAAUGUUCACAGUGAAGACAUCAAUGAGCCAACAUGGAAUGUUCACAGUGAAGACAUCAAUGAGCCUUGUCCAGAUCAGUGCACGUGUGUUAACGGUGAUGAAGAAAUGUCAUGUAAUUGUUUUCCUAAUUGGCCGCACGUGCCGUUUAAUACCAAACGGUUAACUUUAAACGGUGAAAGAAAUGCAACUAUAAUUUGCGGCGCUUUUGAUAAUUUAAAUCAUUUGGAAGAUUUGAUUCUCGUGAGAUUUCGAGGCAUAGACGCCUGUGAGAAAUAUUUCUGGGAUCAGCGUUUUUCAUUACGGUACCUGACACUUGAUCAAAAUUUUAUUGUAGAACUUCCAGUGAAUCUGUUCGCGAACUUACAAAACUUAACAUACUUGAGGCUGAGUGAUAAUCAACUGACUUACAUGCAGGAUGGGGUUUUCGCUGGAUCUUCAGAUUUCAAUCCGAUAUCUUCACCUCUGUGUUAUCCUGACAUUGCAUUCUCAGUGUUGACCGGCCUACAAAACUUACGUUUUUCUGGGACGGACUUGAGCGUUAAUUUAAAUGGCUGCCCUAUCACUAGCAUAUCAGGAACAUCGGUUAUUAUGGAGUCAAAAGUAGCAGCGUUGGAUCUCAGUUUCACUCAUCUCAAUCUGAAACAAAUUUUAAAAGCUAAAAGUUUAGAAAAGAAAUUGCCUUUGUCGCCUAAACUGGAAAGACUCUACUUAAGGAAAAACAAUAUUAAUCUUACAGCAUUACUACACGCAAUGGCUAAUGAAGUAAAUACUGUGAAACAUUUAGAUUUGAGCCAACAGUUGUUGACAGAUAAGGAUAUUGGGUUGGAAAGGUCUUGCAACUUUUCAAGUUUUCCAGAAAGAAAAUAUAAUGAGUCUGGAUUAUUUCACCUUGAAUUUUUGGAUUUGUCAAACAACGAAAAUCUUCCUGACUCUUUACUUAGAAUGCAAAAUCUUCAGACUUUAAACAUAUCUCACAUAAGAAACUCAACGUAUUUAAAAGUAAAGUUUAAUUUGCUUAUGUCACAAGUGCCAAGCCUAGAAGAACUUCAAAUGUCAAACUUAAAAUUAAAUAGCGUCGAUAGUAACUUAACUUUUCCAAGAAAACUGAAAAAAAUAAAUCUGAGCUAUAAUAAGAUCAGAUCAUUUCAUUCGUCAGUCUUAAGACUUCUCAACUUGACUUAUUUAGAUUUAUCAUACAACGAGUUGACUGGCUUCACGAAAGAAAUGGCAGAUGAGUUGCAAAGAUUAAAGUCUCACAAUUCUGCCUUUUUGGUAGAUUUGCAGGGUAACGUGUUUGCAUUUGAAUGCGUCAAUCUUCCAAUCCUGAAUCUGUUAGCUGAAAGCCCGGGAAUUUUCUAUAAGAAAGAAAACAUUUUCUUUGCAACAGAAACAAGUUUAAAGUUCAACUAUACUCAGAUGAUUGAGAAAUUGCAAGGGUUCUCAAAAAUGUGUCAAAUAAAAGAAAAUUUCAGUUACGUGCUGUCAGUGUUUUUCACCCAUCUCCUGUGUUUGCUUGUUCUGUCCGUGUUUUUCCAUUACCGCUGGAAGCUGAGGUACCUCUACUUUAUUGGUCAACGGCGGCUGCACAUCGGUGGACGUUUGGUCAACUACAACCCACAGGUUGAUGUCUUCAUCACGUACGAUGAGGGAGAACCAAGAGUAAGACGACUCCUAAAAGAUGUUAUCCUACCAUUCUUGCGAGAAAAGAACGUCUCUUACAUUUUAGGAGAAGUGGACUUUCCAGGUGGGGACAUGGUGUCACACAUCAGUGGAGCUAUAACCGGCACAAGAAAAACGCUGGUCUUGUUGUCUGAAGAUCUGUUCUUGGAUCACUACCGAGAGUAUGAGAUGAACCUGGCCAUCAUGCGAGAGUUCAAUGUACGAGGUCAGGUUAUCGUUCCUGUCUUUGUUGAGAGGGUCGACUUGAAUACAUACCCACCUGAAGUAGAAACUUAUUUAAGGAAUCAGCUGUACAGGUGUCUGGUCUACAGAAAUAACCAAAUUUUCUGGACUCUUCUGUUACAUGCUAUUAUGAAUGAUAAGUAG